ACACGAAUCUCCAAAUGCUUCACAAGGCUCUGUGGUCGAUAUCCAAGAGUCCGCGAAGCCUCAGACAUGCAUUAGCGUUCUAAUGUCAGAUUCUUGUACUUGUACGUGCAUUUGUGGUCUAUUUGUAAGCCAACAGUGAGGACCUUCGCUAGGCAACUGUUUAUCAGGCACUUUUGGUACGUCCCAGUGUGGUGCAGCUUGUCUCAGUUUUAUCUCCACCAAGCGUUCUUCGCAUCGGCAUUCUCGCGUUGUUCCGCCAAGUUCGUCGCUGCAAGCAUUUCUUCAGUACACUGUUUUCACUCGUCUAGCGAUCAACAUGGCGACAAAGUUUGUAUCUGUUCCUAUUGUGGACCUCGCGCCGCUUUCUACCGUAGAGCUAUCCGAAGAAGCUCUCAUAGCCGUAGCAAAAGAGCUUCACGAGGUGUUCGCAACUACGGGGUUUGCAUACCUCAUCAACUCGCCACUAUCCUUCUCCAACGAAGAAAUUCUCGGCUUGGCGAGGGAGUUCUUUUCAAUCGACGAGGAAAAGAAGAUGGCACUAUUUCCCUGCUCAGCACAGUGUGAUAAUUUCAAAGAAGGGUUCGAAAUGGGCUGCUGCACUCCCAACCGCUCGUCAUCAACCUCAAGCGACUCCCCCUUUACCCUGACCGAACCUAAUGUAUUUCCUCCUCUAUAUACGUUCCCCUCGCGACAUCGUUUGGAAAUUCUCUACACAGAACUCCUAUCCCUCUCCAGAACCCUCCUCGCCCUCCUCGCACUGUCUCUGGAAAAGCCUAGCGAAGCCUUCACCGAGCUGCUCACCCACAGCGUCAGCACCCUGUGCCUGCUACAUUACCCCGCCGUUUUACCGUCCGCGCCCAGCCAGGAGCUCAGCUGCUCAGAGCACACAGACUCCGGACUGCUGACGCUGCUGGUCCAGGACGCCACCGGCGGACUGGAGGGGCGCAACGCCGCGGGCGAUUGGAUCCCUGCACCGUACGUGCCCGGGAGCCUAGUCGUUAAUAUUGGAGAUCUGAUGGCAAUGUUGAGCGGAGGAAAAUUUGUCGCGACCUCACAUCGGGUGCAAAGCGUGAAGACGGAAAGGUUCAGUGUUCCGUUUUUCUGCGAACCUGGGGCCGAUGAAUGGGUCGGAGAGAAGGGGAAGAAGGUUCGGUACGAGGACUGGGUUCUUGGUAAGAUGAAGAGUUAG